AGCCGCGGAACAUCAGUCCAGAAGGACGUCUUCUUAAUUGUUUUUUUGAUUUUCGACUACUUUUAUCCGCACCGUCGUUUCUUCAGCGGCGAACGUCUGCCAACACCGAGGAAAGAAUGGCGAUGCUGAGCAACCUUGGAGAUGAAAUGGCGGCGAUGGAACUCGGAUCAGCCAACACUUCCAAUACCAGCCUGUCGGAUUCCAUGCACAACAUUACCUUGUUACCUUAUUAUCCACAUGCUUUGUAUGUGGCCACAAGCUACAUGCUGGCAUACCUCUUCAUUUUCCUGCUGUGCAUGGUGGGCAACCUGCUCGUGUGCCUGAUCGUGCUGGGAAGCCGUCGUAUGCGAACCGUCACUAACAUGUUCAUCCUAAAUCUGGCUGUCAGUGACCUUCUGGUGGGCAUCUUCUGCAUCCCUACAACGCUUGUGGACAACCUUAUUACAGGUUGGCCCUUUUCCAAAAUAAUGUGCAAGCUGAGCGGUUUUGUUCAGGGCGUGUCUGUGUCUGCAUCGGUCUUCACGUUGGUGGCUAUAGCUGUCGAAAGGUUUCGCUGCAUCGUGUACCCUCUGUACCCCAAGCCAACCAUACGUGUUGCCCAGGCAGCCAUUGUGCUGAUCUGGGUUCUGGCCAUGGCAUUCAUGUGUCCAGCUGCGGUUGCACUGACCGUGGAGGAAGUCCCUUUCCACAACAUGGUCUACAAUGAUGAUUUCAACCACACAAUACCUCUGCACAUCUGCUAUGAAAACUUUGCCAACCCCAAGAUGACGAAGGUUUAUACAGCGGUUCUUUUUGCGCACGUCUACCUGGUCCCACUGAUGGUCAUCACGGCCAUGUACGGAACCAUCGGGGUCAAACUGUGUUCAUCCGGGGCUGCGAAUAGAAGGCCGCAUGGGGCCAACAUCCAGCGAGUGGUUUCUCAGAGAAAAAUCCGGGCGAUAAAGAUGCUGGUCCUCGUGACUUUGCUUUUUAUGUUGUCAUGGUUGCCACUCUGGACCCUAAUGAUGAUGGCGGACUACGCCGGUUUGGAAAGAGACCAGCUGGAUCUAUUGAUCAGCUACAUCUUCCCUUUCGCCCAUUGGCUGGCGUUCGCAAAUUCCAGCGUCAACCCCAUCAUCUACGGCUACUACAACGACAACUUUAAAAGAGGAUUCCAGGUGGUGUGCAAGUCCAGGGCCUUCUCCAGUCUGUUGGAGUGGCGCGUGUGGAGGAGGAUUUCCGGCUGUUUUCGGAAAGAAAACGUGCAAACUCCUUUUGAAGCUACCAACUGCAGAGAUAGCGGCGGCCAUAACAACCGGCUACUAUUUGGACUGAGAAACCGAGUCCACAAUCAAAUGUUCAGUGACAAGGCUGAGCGGGAUGUGGGUGCAAGAGGCGGGCGUACGGGCCUGAGAAGUGCUACGGAGCAGGGCAUAGAAAUGUUAGCUUUGAGUAAAAAAAACAGCCAUGACGAACAUUUGGCCAAAGAAAAUGUGGGGUCUGUUUCGCUCUAUCGAGCGUGGGAUAACUGA